UCAUCUUCAGUUACUGUCAGCUGCUUGUGUGUUUCCACUCUGGAUAACAGUUUAUUCUAGAUCAGGGAUUUUGACAUUUCUUGAUGCCGAAGGCCCCAACUGUGUGAGGAACAUACCCUCAGAACUGGACUGUAGUUUUCUAGUGUGAAGCGCCCUCUACAGGAUGAAUCGUGUUAAUGCAGGUGUCCCUCCUGCAGUGAGUGAAAUGAAGGUCAGUGUUUCACUGCUCGUGUGUGUCCUGCAGUCAGUGUGAGGUGCUGUGAUCUCUCAGAAAAACUGCGUUCUUUCUUUCUUUCUUUCUUUCUUUCUUUCUUUCUUUCUUUCUUUCUUUCGCUCCGCCCAUCCUCACGUGUGAUUGGACGCCCGUGAGUUGAUUGACAGCUCCAGCAGGACACCUGACGGUCGGUGGUGGCGGCCCAUGCGCGCGGAGGACACGGCGAUGGGCGGCUCCGCGGCAGCGGGAUGCGGUUCGUUCGGUGACGGACAUCAAACGUUAGAAUGACACUGUAAGAUUCGCGUUUUCGCUCGUCAUUUCAUUUUGUCUCCAGUAACGGCGUCCUCGCGCGUGCACGAUGGACACAUCUGCGGUGAAGAAAAGCGCGCCGGUGCCGGACAUCUGCCCGCUGGACCGGUACGACUCCACCCGAGCCAAGACCCGUGCCAGUGUGAGCUGGCUGCUGAGCCGGAGCCACGGACCUGAAGAGAGUGUUCCUGCUGGGCUGAAUCAGGACGGAGAAAUCUGUCCCGCUCUAGAGCGCCUCCUGCUGUCCGCAGAUCUGUACUGCAGGGUGUUUUCCUCACACGCUCUGGCCGGCAUCACAGCACCUCCUAGAGACCACGGCUCUCUACUGCAGCUCCUCGGCCGGUACGACCUGAUCCCACUUCACACAGACCUGCAGAAGCCGGUCGACGAGACGCAGCUGAGCCAGAAACCCAUCGACAUGGGGGCCCAUCUGGCUGUGAUUGAUUCGCUGAUGUCACUGAGCACCAUGGAAACGGUGGGUCGGGUCAAGAUGUCGAAGGAGACGGAUCAGUUUGGGCCCGGCAGGAGCUGGGAGAACGCUCUACUCUUCUGGAUCAACAAGGUGAAUCAGAAGUUGCGGGAAAGUGCUAAUGUUGAAGAUAAUCCGAAGUCAAACCCCUGCACUGACCUGCAGCCGGCUCAGCCAUCUUGCCCACAGCGCUGGUACUGGAAGCUGGUUCCUCAUGCCAUCGCAUUUUGUUUGAAGGAGUCGGGGAAUAAGCCUCCUGUGAUCCGUUACAGGAAAGAUAAGGUUCAGUCUAAACAGACUCCGGUGUUCGUGGUGGUGUCGGGAGUGAAGGAUCUGUCUAACGGCUGCGCCAUCGCUGCUGCGCUUCACUUCUACUGCCCUCAGAUUCUGCCUCUGGAGGAUGUGUGUUUGAAGGACACCAUGUCUCCGGCAGACAGUAUGUACAAUCUGCAGCUGAUCAGAGAGUUUUGUGAAAGUCACCUGAAGAUCUGCUGCCCCCUACAGCUGGAGGAUUUACUGUAUGCCCCGCCCGUUUUACAGGUGAACAUUAUGUGCUUCCUUUCGGAGCUGUUUGCCACCUUCGAAGUGCAGAAACCAGAUUUCGUCAAACCCACGCACACACUGGACCUAACAGACGCAUCUGAUCUGGUCGACUGCACGAGUCCGAUCAGUGGCAACAGUGGCUCCCCGUCUUUCCUUCUGAAGCAGUCGCUCCUGCCUCAGUCCUCCUCUGUGUCCGAAGGACGGGGCUGGAGCAAAAAGCAAAUUAGCCGUCCCCUCUCAGCUGUGGCCUUCAGCAUCCCAUUCCCACUGGACAGUGAUGUAGAUGUUGUUAUGGGCAACCCUCUCUUCCGUUCUGUCAGCACGGACAGCCUCACCAUGGUGACCAACCCUGGCUCUUACACGCCCCCAGAGGAUCUGAGUAAGCUCAUUGGUCAGGCUCCUCUAGGAGAGUUGCCUACCAUAGAAGAAGCUUUACAGCUCAUUCAUACCGGCCGUCCGGUACACAACGAGCCUCGUUUGCGGCCAGAGGGGGCGCCGUCUGGCUUUUACCUCCACUCGCCUGAGGAGGGUGGAGCCAGACUGAGCAGCUCCGCCCCCUGCCGAACAGGGAUAAUGUAUCGACCAGGAGGAGGGAUUAAUAGCAGCGGGAACCGAAAACGGCAACUGGUAGGUUCACAAGAACACAAUGGUGAUUUAGAGUGUGACACACCAGAAAACUCCCCCAAAACCUCCUCCAGCCCAGCCAAUGGACCCAAGACUGGUCGCAUGACAAACUUUGCUGAACGCAGGAAGAUGAUACCAGAAUCCCCAAGUAAUUCUAGGUCCCAGGACGUAGCAUCAUUGUGCAGCCCUGCAGAGAUGAGCCCUGUUGGGGCAGUGGAGGCGCAGGAGCUGGGUGCACGUCUGGAGGAGAAACGCAGAGCAAUUGAAGCUCAAAAGAGGCGGAUUGAGGCCAUCUUUACCAAGCACAGGCAAAGGCUGGGCAAAACCGCCUUCCUUCAGCUCCAGAAGAAACAGGGAGAAGAAGUGGAAGACGACGGACAGUCCCUCACCCUGGAUGAACGACUGACACAAAUGGAGCAGCAACUUCAACAAGAGGAGGACAGAGAGAAGGAGGAGGAGAAGAGAAAACUGGAGGAAGAGAAGAAAGAAAAGGAUGGGGAACAGAAGAAGAGCACCAAUGAUGUAGUAUCCCCACCUAAGCUGGAGAAACAGGUGACCUUCUCUGUUGAAACAAAGAAAGAGGUAGAGAAAGAGCCACCAUUGGUGGAAUAUAAUGAGGCAGUAGCUAAGCUAAGCUCCACCCUACAGACCCUACAAAGAGACAUGCAGCGCCUUACAGAACAGCAACAAAGGCUCAUGGGAAAGAAAACUCUGAGUUCUCCAAAAAACACCUCAAAUAAGACAGCUGCCUCCAGUAAGGCCUGGGUCAUCCCGGCUGGUCCCAAAUCCCCUGCUACAGCCCCUCAUCUUUCUAGAGACUCCACCCGUAUCAUUUCACCUUCUGGAUCUCCAUCACGCUCUGCACAACCUUCUGACACACCCAGAUCCCCUAAAAGCUCAGCAUCAUCUGCUCCACGCAGAUCCCGUGGAGCUACUCCUAAGAGCCCCAAACGUCAACGUCCCUCCCGCCCCACAGACCUCGGCUUCCAGCCUCUCACACGUGUCCUAACGCCCCCACAGAAUGUGGACACGCUUCCCCAUCUGCGGCGAGUCUCUCCAAGCCAGUGUCAGGUGCAGACUUGCUCCUCACUGCGAUUUGGAGGUCCACGCACACCUCAGGACUCUCCGCUGCAGCCUGCUCAGCCUCAAGAGAGCACAUCAGAAUCAGGGUCCAGUGACCAUCACACCCCGAUCUUCACACUGGAGCUGGAGGCUGGACCUCCAUCUGCGCUCCCAGCUGAACUGUUAGGAGGUGGGAGCAGUUCAGGAGCCCCAUCAGAGUGCUCGUUUGAAAGCGACAUGCUCCUCAGCAGCGCUCUGGUGAAAGAUGAGACGGAGGGUGCGGGGACAGUGGGAGACGACACAGAUCUGGAACAGGGUGCAGAAAUAUUCUCAUCAGAUUCCAUGAGUGACCAGACAGAGAAUGAGAGCAGGCUGGGACUCGAUGUGUUCUUCAAGGAGGAGGGUCUAUCGGAGGAGGAGAUGGCCCAGAAAAGGGCUCUGCUGUUGGAGCGGCAGCAAAGACGUGCACAAGAGAUCAAGAAACGAGCAAAAUAUGGGCAAGACCCUGAGAACAGUCAACAGGCUUCUGUGGAUGACCUGCGAGCCUCUCAAACUCCACCGCUUUCACAGUCACUACCCACCUCAUACACCCCACCCCCUCCUUCAAAGGCCACGCCCCCAGGCACGCCCUUGCGUCGGGGAGCAUUCACACGGGCAGAGUACGAAAGGCGUCAGCAGCUGAAGAUAAUGUCUGAUCUAGAGAAGGUUCUAAAACAGAAACCAGCAAAGCACAGUGGCAAAAAACAGCACACACACAAACCGCACAACAACCAUGAGCUUACUCACACACGCUCGCCAGGGAAGAACAAAACAGCUGUAGCUAUCCAGAAAGAUGGCGGAUUUCUACCAACUGAAAAACCAGCAAGUUGUUCAGAGUCACCCUCAAAGGUCAUGUCAUCAGGGAAAUUGGCAAAUCAGAAUGGAGAGAAAGACUGGGAGCAAGCCUCCAAUGCCUCCUCUCCAGCCUCACUCCCAGAAUACACAGGUCCUAAAUUAUUUAAGGAACCUAGUUUUAAAUCCAACAAGUUCAUCAUUCACAACGCGCUCUCACGCUGCUGCCUCGCUGGCAAGGUCAACGAAUCCCAGAAAAAAAAGAUCGUAGAGGAGAUGGAGAAGAGCUCCGCCAGCCACUUCCUUAUUCUCCUGCGUGAUUCCAACUGUCAGUUCCGUGCCAUCUACACCCUAGACGGCCAGUCGGAGGAGCUGCAUCGACUGUGCGGUGUCGGCCCGCGUGUCAUUUCCUCGUCGGCCGUGGAGGCCAUUUAUAAAUACAGCUCUGACAGGAAACAGUUCAAUACACUUCCAUCUCGUACCCUGAGUAUGAGUGUCGACGCUUUCACUAUCCCCGCCCAUCUCUGGCACGCUAAGAAACACGGCACGCCCAAAAAAGUAGCCACACCCAAAUAGGCCACUCCCACCAUAAUAAAGACCUGUUUGCACCAAGAACAAUAAUUUUAACAAUAUAAGCAUCUACUUGAAUGUACAAUAGCUAAAAUGAUAAUUAUAAUGAUAACUAUGUUAGCGUCCACACCAACGUACAAUAUCGUUCUCUUUAUAUAAGCGCGCUGCAGUUUUUUCGUCUGUCUCUUUAAAUGCUCAAGCUCUUUAAAGCAGGAUGGAUUCUGAUUGGCUGUCAAUCUUUUUAUUGUUCAUCAACUGGAAACAUUCACUCUGAAAGUGAUUCCAGUGAUAUCUUUCCUCUGUGCUAUUAUCAUUAUAGUUGUGGUGUGGACAUCGUUAUUCUCAUAAAGUUACAGCGAUUAUUAAAAACUUCAUAAUUAAGGUUAUCAUAGUUAUAGUUAUUGUUGUUGGUGUGAAUGAACCUUAAACCCCACCGGCCCAGACAGACCCACUAUAAGUGCCAUUCCUCUAAAAAUAAAGAUCUUACCAGCACUAAACACACGACACAACAAUCUGUGUAAUGAAUUUUAUGAUCACCGAAAGACCUUCUCAUGUUUUCUGACUCUGCAUGAAGAUGUAGACGAGCCCUGAGGUUUUCACGCUACUAAAGACUGAAGAAAUCACGCAUCCUUUCUGCAUGUUAAUUGUCAGUUCAGUCCAAAUAUUUCUUGACAGUCACACCAACUGAGCACUUGCAGCAUUUGUCUCCCAUUUUUAUGCUCUAUAUUCACUGCUCUUAUAGUUACAAAUUUUUGAAUUUUCAGUCUACUGUAGUUUUAGUGAGAAUCACUGCUGAGGGUUUCACUGUCUAGUCUCUGACUGGCUAGAUGAUUUUAGAGAUCUCCUGCUACGAACACUUGUUCUCUUUUAUAUUAUUGCAUCAGCCUUUCCGUUCCUCAUGUGCUGAAUCUGUGUGGAGUAAGUGACUCUCGCUGUCCUCCAGAGACGUCCAGCCGUCCAAAGACUGUGAAGCACCAUGUGAGUUGGUGUCUGGACUCUGUUAAACAGAGUUUGUGAGCUGAGUAUGGAUCAGUGAAUCACAGCUCUGAGAACCUGAUCCUGGAUCAGUAUUAAAAAGCCAUUGAACCUCCAUCAUAAUCACACAGCGUUGGUGGCUUGUGUGCUGUGUGUGUAGAGAUUCCCUUUGUGUGUGUGUGUGUGUGUGUGGGUGUGUGUGUGUGUGUGUGUGUGUGUGUGUGUGUGCACGUGUGUGUGUGUGUGUGAAGGGCUGCUGGAAUGUUUUCUAAUAUGAGCUUUGACAUCAUGUUUAUGUGUGUUUUCCUGAUCCAUGAUGAUGAUGAUUUUAUGUGGUGAUGAACAUGUAGAUCAAUAAAAUCAUUUCUAACAUUUCAA